AUGGUCACGGAAGACUUCACGCGCCUGACACUCGAUACGCUCGCCCUAUGCACCAUGGACUUCCGCUUCAACUCGUACUACCACGACGCUCUGCAUCCCUUCAUCGCGGCUAUGGUCAACUCCCUGACCGAGUUGGGUGCACGGGCCGUGCGGCCAUUAUUAGCGUCCAUCUUUUACCGCGAGGCGAACCGCAAGUAUUGGGAGGACAUCGGGACUUUGCGGCAAACGGCCCAGGGUAUCCUGGACUCGCGGAGGAGACACCUUACCGGGCCCCGGCCCCACGUGGAACCCGUUGUUUACGGCGAGAAUGCCAGGGACUUUGUUCCGGACCGCAUGCUUGACGAGAACAUCGAGCGCCUGACCAAGGAAUAUCCCGACUGCUGGAAGCCAUUCGGUAGCGGCAUAGGGGCCUGCAUUGGCCGCCUGUUUGCCUGGCAGGCUUCUCCCGCCCGAGGAGACAAGCACAUCAAUAUCCAGCUGCCCGACGGCAUAACUUACAAGGUUGGCGACUACGUCGCCGUACUUCCGUUCAAUCCCAAGGAGACCGUCACCAGGGUCAUGCGAAAGUUCCAACCCUCUUGGGACUCACACAUUACGAUUGGCUCCAACAGGUGGACUGCGCUGCCGACGGGCACCCCGAUUUCAGUGUACGAUGUGCUGGGGUCGUAUGUUAAGCUGUCACAGUCAGCAAUUAGGAGGGGCAUCUUGCUUGCCGACGCAUCCAAAGACGAGGCAACGAAACAGCAGCUGCAUACCCUCGCGGGCGACUUGUACGCGAGCGAGAUCAGCCUCAAACGCGCAUCCAUCCUCGACCUGCUCGAAGGGUUCCCCUCCGUGUCCCUUCCCUUCGGCACCUUCCUGUCCCUGCUCCCACUGAUGCGCUUACGGCAGUACUCCAUCUCCUCGUCGCCCGCCAUCAACCCCACUCGCGCAACGCUCGCUUACAGCUUGCUCGAGGGUCCCGCCCUCGCCAACCCGGCUAACAGACACAUCGGCGUCGCGACCGCGUACCUCGCGUCCCUUCUACGGGGGGACAGGCUGCUCCUGUCAGUGCGGCCCACCCACACCGCAUUCCGCCUGCCAGACGAGAUUGAAAGCACGCCCAUCAUCUGCGUGGCUGCCGGUUCAGGCCUGGCUCCCUUCCGCGACUUUUCCCAGGAACGCGCCGUGCUGCGUGCCAAGGGCAGAGAGCUCGCCCCGGCGCUGCUCUUCUCUGGCUGCUGCGGACCAGAGGUGGAUGAUUUGUACCGGGACGAGUUCGAUGAGUGGCAUGGCAUGGGCGUGGUGGAUGUGCGCAGAGCGGAGGAGGUUAAAGGGUUGUGGGAGUGUGGGGCGCGGGUCUAUGUGUGUGGCUCGCGGCUCGUGAAGGAGGGGGUCAAACAGGUGAUGGGCAAGAUUGUGUUGGGAGGUGGGGCCACCGAGGAUGAGGUGUCCCAGUGGUACGAGAGCGUGCGGAAUGACCGGUAUGCCACAAAUAUGUUUGACUAG